AUGUCGUGGACUGGAUCCUCAAAGCCUCUGUGGCGUUGUGAGUCGAGUCUUGGCAACCUUAGGCCAGGAACCCGGUGUGUGAGGUUGAAGAAUACGUACCUGGAUUGGGCCCAAGAUGGGGCUGUUCGAGCCCUAAGACUGCCUGGGCAGCCGUUCGGAAUUCCAGACUCUUCUUUGGCGACCCUUUCCCACAUGGCACUGGCUGGGGAUGGGAGGGGGCCAGACCACGGUGCUUGGAGUAGCAAGAGACGGCGAACGGGCGGGCGCCGGGGUUGA